AUGUCGGUAGAAGACUCCUCGCCAUGCUCCCCGCGUGCCAACUCCACCACACGACCACGCAAGAUUUGGACCCCUGAAGAAGAUGUGACAUUAAAGACGCUCGUUGCUCGCUACGGAGACGCACGAGGUCCCCAGGGGCAUUGGAAAGAUAUUGCCGCUGCACUCCAAGACCGCACUGCCAAGGACUGUCGGAAGCGAUGGUUUCAUUCUCUUGAUCCGUCCAUCAAAAAGGGUCGGUGGACAGUAGAAGAAGAUCAGAUUCUCUUGUCGGCUUACGCUCGAAUGGGCCCUGCAUGGCACGACAUCGCCCUCCUGAUACCUGGGAGGAAGGAUGACCAAUGUUCGAAAAGAUACAUGGAUAUCUUGAGUCCAAAAGUCAAAGACCGCCUUAGUGGAUGGUCGCCACAAGAAGACGAAGUUCUACGAGAAGGUGUUCGAACGCUAGGUCACCGGUGGUCUGCUUUAUCGGCAAAGCUGCCAGGCCGGCCACCUCUCACCUGUCGUAACAGAUGGCGAGCACUUUCAAAAACAUCCAAAAGGCCUCUGACUACAGGAACACCCUCCCCCCGGUCGCCUGCCACAAGGAAGCGUGGCGAUGCCAUGGCAUUUGAUGCACCCGAACCCUCUUUAAACUCGCUCCUAGUAGCAACUGGAGCUGAUACCGACAUCGGAAACGUCAUCGAUAUCAAUGGUAUAGUCACAUCUAUGGUGGAAAUGAGCACAGGGCUAGAUACGGACGACUUUCGCUUCGUCGGCGAUGCAGUGUCUUACAAUUCAAUCCUACACCAGUCCCAACUCAGCUCAAAUCUUCCGCCAAGCUUGGAUCUUGGCCACCUAUCCGAACCGCUGCACCAGUCUCUGAGGGAACCCACCUCAAACAGUCACAACAGCACUCCUAAAGAAUGGAGAUCGAACAAAUUUGAUACAGAGAUACCGCAAACAAAUCAGUCUUCUACAGUGCGCAACUUAGAGACAUCGUUCUCGGUUCCAGAUAUCACUUUGGAGACCCCAGCUCUCUCACCAGAUCCAAUCUGCUCAAGGAUAUCCCCAUCUCAGUACCUCUACGCCUUCUCUGAUGGCAACCUGCCAAGUCAGCCGACGGGUCCUUCUAUAGAUGUAGAACCACCACAACAAGUUGUACACCACCACCAUCAUUAUCACCACCACUACCAUCAUCAUCACCAUCAUUAUCAUGAGACGGAAGAGAACUUAAAUGGUUCUUUGAGGCAAUUAGAGAUAGAAGCAGAGACACAAUCUCUUCAGUCUUAA